AUGCUCAGUCUCCAAGGAAAAGUCGCCCUUGUCAUCGGCCUCGGCCAAUCAGGCUCAGACGGCUGGGGCAUCGGCGCCGCGUGCGCCGUCACCUUCGCCAAGCAGGGCGCCAUCAUCUUUGGCGGCAACCGCACCGUCGAGUCCACAACAAAAACCAAGGCAGCAAUCGAAGAAAUUGGCGGUGUAUGCGAUGUUGUCGCGACGGACGCAACGUCCUCGGAGUCCGUUAAGGCACUUGUGGACGCCUGCCUCGCCAAGCAUGGCCGCAUUGAUAUUCUCUUGACGAAUGUUGGGCAGUCGCAGCCGGGGUGUCCUGCAACAAUGGCCGAGGAGACGUGGGACUCGCAAAUGGACUUGAAUCUGAAGAGCGUGUACCUCGCGUGUCAUCAUGUUCUCCCCGUCAUGGAGAAGCAGGAAUUCGGAGGCAGUAUUGUAUGUGUUUCCAGCAUCGCGGGCAUGCGGUACAUCGGCAAGCCACAGAUUGCGUACAACACGACAAAGGCGGCUAUUAUGCAGUUUGUCAAGGCGACGGCGGUCAUCUACGCGAAGAAGAAGGUGCGCUUGAAUACGGUUGUGCCAGGCUUGAUGGACACGCCGUACAUAAAGAGCUUGUCGCAAAGGUUCCCUCAGGAAGGCGGGUAUGAAGCGUUCAGGAAGAUGAGGGAGGACCAAGUACCGAUGGGUUGGAUGGGAGAUGCAUGGGAUGUUGCUAAUUCAGCGUUGUUCCUGGCUUCGGAUGAGGCCAGAUAUAUCACAGGGCAGAGAAUUGUGAUUGAUGGCGGGAUUACUUCGUCUACGGGGCGUACUUAG